AUGGCCGUCCACUCCGUCAUCGAGCCUCAGUCCACCCCCAUUCUCUCGUCUCCAUCGGCUCCUGCAGCGGACGUCCGCGGCAACGAUGGUGCACGCUGCGGCAGCCCCCCGAGCAGCCACCGGUCGUCUAGCACCUCGUUCUCCCUCAGCACGAGCAGCGAAGGGGCGUCCACGUGGGACCUGCGCAAAGCCCUCUCGAACGACCCCCUCCGCGACCCACGCUGCUUCGCAACCGGCUUCUCGCGGUGCAAGAUCGUCUUCAACCCAGGCUCGAACACCGAGUUCUUCGCGCACUGCACACCGUCUGGGCGCGGACCUCUCACCGUCGCGGACGUCCUCAACUGCAUUGCGAAGAAGCUCGCGGAGAGGUGCAAUCGGCUCUUCGAGGACGAACCGGUUGGGGCACGCGCGGGUGGAGCGGCCAUCCGGAAGGCGGUACCAAUGAUUCCUCGCCCGCUAGGCUGCACACACACCUCAUCGUACCACCCUGCAGAUCCGCUCCUCCGCCAAUCUCACCCGCACACAUGGAGUGAAAUCUCGAUCGACCUGGAUGGCCGAGAGCCACCGGCCGUGCAAAUCGUGCGCACCGCUUCCGAUCGGGGGUUCCAAGUACGAUCGUACAAGCCGCUCUGGACCUCCAUUCUCUGCGCGCCGCCGCGCCCCGGCUGCGCAACGCAGGGACCCACAAGCCGCCGCUGUACCUCCGCGGAGGAGCGCACGCGCGGACGCGUGUGUGCGUGUGCGCACUCCACGUUCGUGUGCAUCUUCUUCGGCCCUUCUGCGAGCCUUUUUGGCUUCGGCGAGCUUGGGCCGCGCCGGAAAGCAGCCGCUGGAUCCGUGCGCACCGUCCUGCCUGGAGCUCGCAAGUGA